UGGUAACAGCUAUUGGAGAACAGCUUCGUAAGCCACUCACGGCGAUCGGCAGUAGCUCGGCAUUCGAUUGAUGCUGUCUGAAAGGAGCGUAAACAGUGACGUCAAUUCGAAUUUGAGCGCUAAAGUUCAGCUUGUGCUCGUGCGAGGGCGAUUUAGGUCUGUUUUGUUGUUCGGUUUAGGCUGUGACGAAGUUCUUGGGACCGCUGAACAUCUCAGUUUAACCCGCCCGGGACUCACCGAGUUUUCAUGGAGAAGCAGUCAUAUAUGCCCGUACCACCCGGAGUGGGAAUGGAAGAGAACUUCUUGUCUUUGGACGACAUCUUGCUCUCUCACGAGAAGCUGCCCUGCAUGACCGAGACCGCUUUUCCUCGGCUUGGUUUUUUGGAAAAGUCCAGCGAUACGCGGGACAUCCCCGAGGGAGUGAAGAUGGAGAUGCCACUGUGGCUCGCCAAAGGCCUGUACGAACAUAAGCGCCGCACGCUGGCUGUGCAGCUGCCCAAGGUGUACCGACAGGGCUGGCGCACCGUGUUUGGGGCUGACCCCACCGUGGUGGACCUGCACAAGAUGGGGCCCUAUUAUUAUGGCCUGGGCUCCCAGUUGUUGCACUUUGACAGCCCAGAAAACACAGAGAUUGCCCAGACUGUUCUGCAAACUUUCAUUGGACGCUUCCGUCGGACUAUGGACUCCUCUCAGAACGCCUACAAUGAGGACACGUCUUUGCUAGUGGAGCGUUUGGAUGGCCUGGAGAGAGCGCUAUUCCAGGCUGGGCAGAGCGGGCUUAAUGAUUUCCAGCGCUGGGAGAAGGGACACUCUUCACACCUCACAGCCUCCAGCCUGGUUCUCAACUACCGCAAGAGAAAGAUCACGGAGGUGCAGGAGUGAGGAGCCAGGGAGCUGGGCGGCCCCUUUGGUGGCGCCUCUAUCUUUUUUAGCUUUCUUUUGUGUUCACACUGCUGAGUCACUGGUUCCCCUUUUUCGGAUUCCUGCGGAGAGGUUAAUGAGCACAGUUUCGAUCUGAAUGUGUGAUCCGAGCAGCGCACAAACAGGCCAUCCGGUUGAGCAAAUGGGAACGAGGAGCUGUGACCUGCCAGUGCUGCACAAAGACCCCCAACGUCAGACAAAACAAAAACAAACAAAAUGGAGAAAGCGAACGCAGUGUUGAUUGGUAGUGGUGGGGGAGCGGUGGACAACUUUUACCGCGGGCCCCAAAUCUCUGUGGAUCUUUCUGUUUUUGAAUAAAAACUGUUUAUUUUC